CAGACACCGAAGAGGGCUGGUGGAGGAAGGAAGGCUACCUUAUGCCGCCGGGCUUUACCGGGAAUUAAAAAAAAAAAAAAAAAUCAAUCUGACGGUUCCAGAAGGAGGAAUUAUAACACAUCAAAAUGCAUCUUUUUAGCGUGUGGAUGUUGAUGGCGACUGUGCAGGUUGGUGCUCUGGGCGAAGAAGCCGAGCGGUCGUUGUCAAGCAAGCAGGGGUCGUUGCCAUGCACGAGGGGGUUUACACAGGAGGAAUACAUCAUCGCAAUGGACCAAGAGCUGGCAAAGGGACAGGCUGUCUUCAACGUGAGCUUCAUGGACUGCAGAGCAGGGAAGGUGUGGUUCAAGGUUGGAGAUUCGUCUGAUUUCAGCGUGACUGAGGAAGGUGGGGUCUACGCCCUGCGGCGCCUGAGCCUGGUGGGAAAGGAAAAGGCCGUGGUGGUGGUCUACGCUCAUGAUCUGCAGUCCAAACAGGUCUGGAAGGCCAGAGUUCACCUCCAUGUUCAUCCAAGCAGCAGCAGCACUGGACCCGAGCAGGUAAAGCCCAGUGAUGCAACACUGACCCAGCAGGUACCAGAGAUCUUGUUUCCAUGGCGCAGCGUGGUUGUCAGGGGUGAUGGCACUCUGAGGCGGGCGAAGAGGGACUGGGUCAUUCCGCCUAUCAACGUCCCCGAGAACUCACGAGGACAGUUCCCCGAGGACCUAGUCAGGAUCCGCUCGGACCGGGACAAGAACCGGAUGCUGCGUUACAGCGUGACGGGCCCUGGGGCCGACCAGCCUCCAACUGGCAUCUUCAUAAUCAACCCAAUCUCAGGCCAGCUGUCGGUCACCAAGCCUCUGGACAGAGAACACAUCUCCAACUUCCACUUGCGGGCCCAUGCAGUGGAUCUGAAUGGGAAUCAGGUGGAGAACCCGAUCGACAUCGUCAUUAACGUCAUCGACCAGAACGACAACAGACCAGAGUUCACACACACCAUCUUCAAUGGCUCUGUUCCUGAGGGAUCCAAACCUGGAUCUUUUGUGAUGACAGUGACAGCAGUGGAUAAGGAUGAUCCCAAAACCGCCAAUGGGAUGUUGCGAUAUAAGAUCCUUUCCCAGAAUCCCCAGAGCCCCUCCUCCAACAUGUUUACCAUUAACAACAAGACUGGUGACAUCAUCACUGUGGCUGCGGGCCUUGAUCGGGAGAAAGUCACCCAGUACACCCUGAUCAUCCAGGCUACAGACAUGGAGGGAAAUCCCACUUACGGCCUCUCCAACACUGCCACCACUGUCAUCAGGAUCACUGACGUCAACGACAAUCCGCCCGAAUUCACCACAGACACAUUCUUCGGGGAAGUGCACGAGAACAGGGUGAAUGUGAUCGUCGCUAACCUGACGGUGACGGACAAAGACCAGCCUCACACUUCGGCCUGGAGCGCCGUUUACCGAAUCAUCGCUGGAGACCCCACAGGACGCUUCUCCAUCCCCACCGACCCCACCACCAAUGAGGGCCUGCUCACUGUGGUCAAGCCCGUAGACUUCGAGCUGACCCGUUCCUUCAUGCUGACUGUGGAGGCAGAGAACGAGGUCCCUCUGGCCCGCGGCAUCCACCCGCCUCGACAGUCCACGGCGACCGUCUCCGUCCGAAUCCUGGACAUCAACGAGAGUCCAGAGUUCAGCCCAAACCCCAAGUCCAUCAAACUGGAGGAGGGUCUGCCUGCCGGCUCUCUGCUCACCACCUUCACUGCCCAGGACCCCGAUCGCUACAUGAGACAAACCAUCCGGUACUCCAAGAUGUAUGACCCUGCCAACUGGCUGGAGAUUGACCCGGUUAACGGACGAAUUUCCACCAUCGCCAUCCUCGACCGAGAGUCUCCCUAUAUCAAGAACAACCUCUACAACGUCACCUUCAUGGCCUCCGAUACCGGAAUCCCCCCUGCCAGUGGGACAGGCACCCUUCAGAUGUACCUGCUGGACAUAAAUGAUAAUGCACCUCACGUGUUCCCGCCUGAGGUUGAGAUGUGCGAGAGGCCAGAUCCUAACGCCAUCAACAUCACAGCCAGUGACCCCGACCUGACCCCUAACGCUGGACCCUUCGCUUUCGAGCUGGCAAAUCGUCCCUUAGAUGUACGCCGCAACUGGACCCUCAAUCGCAUUAAUGGUGAGUAUGCGCAGCUUCGACUGCGGAUCGGCUCCCUGGCCAGCGGCAUCUACGAGGUUCCCAUAAUGAUCACAGACUCUGGCAACCUGCCCAUGUCCAACACGUCCUACCUGAGGGUCAAGGUCUGCCAGUGCGAUCACCAUGGAGACUGCGUGGACAUGGAGCGAAUCAUCGCAGCUGGACUGGGAACCGGUGCCAUCAUCGCCAUCCUCAUCUGUAUCAUCAUACUGUUAGUGCUGGUGCUGCUCUUUGUGAUGUGGAUGAAGAGGAGGGAUAAGGAGCGUCAGGCCAAGCAGCUUCUCAUCGACCCAGAGGACGAUGUCCGGGACAACAUCCUCAAAUACGAUGAGGAGGGAGGCGGAGAGGAGGACCAGGACUACGAUCUGAGCCAGCUGCAGCAGCCUGAUGCCCUGGAGCCAGAGUGCGUCAAAGUGGGGAUCAGACGUCUGGAUGAGAGGCCCCUCCAUCAUGACCACCAGUACCCCCUCCGCUCAGCCGCCCCCCACCCAGGAGACAUAGGAGACUUCAUCCACGAGGGCCUGAAGGCAGCAGACAACGACCCCACCGCUCCGCCCUAUGACUCCCUGCUGGUGUUCGAUUAUGAGGGCAGUGGCUCCACCGCCGGCUCCCUCAGCUCCCUGCACUCCUCCUCCAGCUGCGGAGACCAGGAUUACGACUACCUCGGCGACUGGGGGCCACGCUUCCGCAAGCUGGCCGACCUGUACGGCGGAGAGGACGAUUAGCACCCUUCGGCCCCCAGUAACGACAGCCACUCUCCCCACCCGUUGCUUUGAAGCUCAAAUGAUGGGUGGGGUAAGGAAGAUGAAAUGGGAUAAACGUGGGGUUCUAGAUCAGCACUUGUGUAUUUCCACGGGACAGCUUGUAAAGAAACUCGCUGCCUCUUAAGGGACAGUUGAUGACACUUGGGACCAUGCUGACUCCUGGCCUAGAAAGGCCGGGCACUGGCUAGCAUUCAGGCUAAUGGACAUCAUCUGAGCGUUAGCCCCGUGCUAACAACCAUGAGCAGCCAGAACAAUGCGCUCAGAGGGUAUAUUGUCUCUGUGAUGGUUGAGAGCUAUGACAGCCAUGCUACAGACGCUCAUUUACACUUGAAUCUUUACAGUACAGCAGCACUGGGGUCAAAUGUGCCUUUUUGUACAUUCUUUUGAUUGUGUUCAGUCUCAAUUCUGUAUGUUGCUUUAAAGCUCCUAGUGUUUUGCAACUGCAAUUUGGAGGAGCACUUUGCCAUAAUGAGCGCAUGUGUGUACGUGUGUUUGGGUUCCACCUCAUUACUUGUAUGUGUGUAUGUGAGAGUACGUGUGAAUCAUUUCCACAGAGACACACUGGAUGGAUACUCUAAAGGGCAAAGCCUACUAUGAGAUGCCUUGGAUGAUCCUACCAGCAAAAACCAUGGCUUUUCUGUGCAGCUCUGGGUCAACAGAAUUCAAAAUCAAAAUUUCAGUUUGAUGAGAAGUUUUGUCUUUUUGCAAAUCACAAAGCUGCUGUUCUGACUAGAAGCUUCAUCACAAAAUAGUGUGACUAUGUGUUACCAAAGCUGACCAAGAUCAAAAGUUUUUGUUUCCUCUCAGCUCUGUCACACUGAUUUUCCUCUGCAAACCCUGAUAAUUCAACAUCACAUCGGGUCAAAACUGUGGGUAAAUUGCUAUAAAGAAUAGCUGCCUCCUCUGGUUUUCAACACUCUCAGACAGUCGAGGACAUUCAGCGCCAAAAUUAAUUUAACUGUUUUUGAAUUUUGGAGAUUUUUACAAGCAGGAAAUGUUAUUUGCGGGUGCAGUUUAAAUGUUUGGUAUCUGUCCUUGCUGCACUUUUCUAAAAGGGAAUUUAAAAUGGGAUACGGUUUUAGGCAAAAGCACUGUAGCAAAGUGGUGAAAAACAUGUUGAUAAAAUGCAAUUUCCGUUUAUGUGUUUGCACAGAUGAAAGAAAACAGAAACAAAAACUGGGACAAAGAAUCAGGCCAAAAACAAGUGAAUCUAAAAACAUUUGAAGCAAUUUCUAGUGGCAGAGCAACAGCGAGAUGAAAUGACAAAUAGAUGAAAAUCUCCAUCAUAAAGACAAUGAAGUGAGCAAUGAAAUAUUAAAAGGAUAUGACAGAGAGGGAGUUUAUGGCUGGUGUAGUUUCAGCAGACAAGUUCUGGUUGAAGUUUUUAUUUAUAGAUGAAUAUUAAAGUUUGAUAAAGAGUUUGUGAACGGAAUAUAGAGUGAGCGAGGGGUGACUAAUAUGCAGGUCUGCUGCUUAAAAUGACCACAGCAGCACCUUUUCCCCUGUAAUGUCUGGAUCUGCAGCAGAACGUUGCAAAGGUGGAUGAGCAGAAUGUGAAAAGCUGUUGUGCUAUCUCUACUUCUGCACUCUAUCAGUUCGAGGUGACAAAUGUUAAUGUGAGGAACAAAGUUAAUGUAACGAAUGGGCUUAUUGCAGUGGAACAGCUGCAUUUUCUGCAAGACUUCUGUAAUAUUUUAUGAUUUACAGUUACUGGAACCAAUGUAUUUUGGCAUGGUGGAAGAAAAAUCCAUUAAACAGUCUGGUCCAGGUGUUUCAAGAACUUUUUUAAAGUAAACCUAAUGAUAAUGACUUUUUAAAAAAUAUCUAGAUGUGGAAAACAUGUCUAAUGUCACAAAACAGCUAAAUCUAAAAUUAUUUAUGUUAGCAUGUUAUAGCAAAAUGGGAAUUCUGGGCAGUAAAAAAUAUUUCAACAUUGAUAUUUUGGCCACUAUUCUUUGUGUAUAUACAUAUUUAUAUAUAUAUGGAACGUUAGAAAUGAUUUGAAAAAGAAGAAUGAUUUGGUCAUUGUUUAUUAUCUUUCCUUUCAAUGUAUUCCACAGACUGAUUCGCUUGACUCCUCACCACUGUCUGCUCAGCUGUAACACGUUCUCUGCUUCAUGUGCUGCAGACUGUGUUGAAAGUACUGGAAGCGAUGGAAUCGGAGUCACUCUGCUUUUCAAACUGUGUGAUGACACCAUUUCUGAAUUACCCCAAGCACCCUUUUCCUGCAUUAUGUUCUGUUUAUACCAGUUUAUCUGUGAUAGGUCAAUAUCGAGGUCCACGUCGCUAUAGCAACACACAAACCCCAUGAGCUUUGAAGGACUACAAGGGAAAACAUUACAGAGCAGCUGCAUCACAUUCUGUCUGACAAUAAAUGCAAACGGAAAGUUUGUGUUGAACCGUGAUGGAGUCAGUACGCCUGAGGAACAGACCGACUUGUGCAUCGCAUACACCAACAAACGAGGCCACCAGGUUGUUGUUUUGUGUUGCAUAUUCACCAGAGGCUACAACUUUAACAAUGGCAUAAACAGUAACAAACACUGUAUCAAUAGCACUUGACAAUUCAUUAUUAUCACUGUUUUUAAUCUAAAUCAGACACAUACUGCUGGGAACACUUAGCCAGAAUACAAUUAGUCUUGCCCUUUGUUAAAGUUGAACAACGUUAAUACAACUCCCUCGUGUGCAGCUUGUUAAAAUGUGUGCAGGUCCGUCUUCGCUGUGUUCGUCCGACACACACUCUGCCGUCAGGCUUCUGAGACAGACACGAUGAUUUUCUCUGACAGUUAGUGUGCACCAGUCUUUUUGAGCUCCUCACGAGGCCGUUCUGUGACAGUGGUCAGGAAAUUUGUCUGCAUAGAGGAAUUUUUGGUGCUCCUGAAAUAGAUCUCAGCCAGCAGUGAAGGAGAAUCACUAACCGUAGUGAAAGAAUUUAGCCAGUUUUAUUAGCUUAAUUUUCUAAAGCAUCAUAGACAAUUUGGUUUAUCAAACGGUCAAAAAAUAACAGGAAAAUGCAUUGAUUUCUUUGCGAUAAGGUAACACAAACUCACUGCUUUUACAGCACAUGGAUCUGUCAUGCUUACAGCUGUAAGUGUAUUCACUCUCCAGAGGUCCAUUCUGAGUGGUAUUUGUUAGCUGACUGAUGAACCUGUCCCUGGUUGUUUUCUUUCUCGUGGCUGCACAAGAGGAGCAGUCUAACCCUGUACUUUUAGGAAAAACUAAACAGUUAUCUGAAUAUUUUGGGCAUGAAGGAACCUGCCAAGCAACAUGAAGGCAACAUGAACCCAUACUGCACUAAGUCUGCUGAUGCAUUCUCUAUUCAAUAACUACAUGUGCGGCUGUGAAAUGUCUUAGUUCCCAAAUACGGGUUCUUAUUUCAUACUUUUCAGACCUUAUGACCAAAUACAAUAUUAUCAAAGCAAGUGUUGUAAUUGCUACAAACUCAUGAUUUGGAGUUCCCUACACCUUUAAAAUCCAGUUUACCUUUCCCUUCAUGCCACAAAGGGGAUGAACUCUUGACUUUAAAAAUCUAAAUACCAUUCUCAGAACCAGCGAAAUCAUGGCGAGGCUGCAUUGUGACAGACGCUGGUCAGACCCAGAGCUGUACAAAAGAGCUGCAUAUUUUUGCCAGUUUGGUUUUCCAAAGCUUGUGAGAAGACGUGUACAGUAAUGCUAGACUUUAGAUAGAUACCUUAUGUUUUUUGUUUUGCUUUUAUCACAAUGUAACUUAUGCAGCUGAUUGCUAAUAAAGGGAGUCAUCAGUCCUUGUUUUGUAGCAAAGAUACUUCUUGAUACUCUGCUGUGGUGGAUUAAAUAGAAAAAAGGCAAUGUUUCUUCUGUCUGCUGAUGAUUUGCCUUAGUGUUCUCUGGUACUCUCUCCAACUGGCUACUCACUGUAAACUGAAAUAUGUACAGAUUGUAUUUUUCUCUUGUUGUUCUUUUGGCUGUGGUCUCUGAAAAUGAAAUGCUAAUAUCUUGAAUCCUUGUAUAUGUGUAAUUUGGAUUACAAAUUAAAACGUUUUUGCAUGUU